AUGCUGUUUGAGAUUGCUAACGUCUUCCUGUUAUUGUUUCUCCUCUAUCACAUCUACUGGAAGCGGAGAAACUUACCGCCAGGCCCUACACCCUUACCAUUCGUCGGAAAUCUACUAACAAUGUUGCGGCAUGAACCUGGUUAUAGCGCUUAUGAAAUGUGGAAGAAGAAAUAUGGACCAGUCUAUACGUUUUGGAUGGGGUCUUACCCUUUUAUCAUGAUAAGCGACUAUCCCACACUGAAAGAGACAUUUGUCAAAGAUGGCGAUGCAUAUGCUGGAAAAUUCCAUUUGGAGGAAAUUACUCGAAUAUACAGAGGUGGAGCAUACGGUAUCGUGGAUACGGUAGGCGAUGUAUGGCGUGAUCACAGAAGAUUCGCGAUACAUGUAUUGAGAGAUUUCGGACUUGGCAAGAAUGGAAUGGAACAGAGAGUUCUCAUGGAAGUGGAAGCUAUGACAGAUACUUUGGAAGCGCAGCAAGACAAGGAAGUUAAUCUACAGGAUGUGUUUGAUGUGGCUGUUGGGUCAGUUAUCAAUCAAUUACUGUUUGGUUAUCGUUUCGAUGAGGAGCAUGUUGGAGAAUUUCGAGAUCUAAAAACUAUAAUCUCGGCCCAAAGGCGAGAUUUUGCACAUCCAUCUGCUAGUAUUGUCUUUCUUUAUCCAUGGCUUGGAAAGCUGCCAUACUUUAAGGAUUUACUCAAGACGCUGAUUAGUUAUCGUGACAAAUUUUACUCAUUUUUCGACAAACAAAUCUCAGAACAUAAGAAAAAUAUGAACUACGAUACAGACGAAGCACAUGAUUAUGUAGAAGCAUAUUUAAAGGAACAAAAACGAAGAGAGGCUGAAGGAGAUAAGGAAUCUUUCAGUCACAUCCAACUAACAAAUGUUUGCUUGGAUUUGUGGUUUGCUGGUAUGGAAACAACAUCGAAUACUCUCUCUUGGGGUGCAAUCUACCUCCUAAAUCAUCUAGAAGUCCAGGACAAAAUGCACGAAGAGCUGGAUCGAGUGAUCGGGUCAAAUCGAGCUAUCACAAUGGCUGACAAGAAUAAUCUACCCUACGUCAAUGCAGUAAUCAAUGUGAGUAUGUAA